AUCUGUCUAACUGGUUUGCAUCGGCUUCCGCCACUUGUACAGGAGUAACGUUGAUAUAUACAUACCUGGGGUCUUUAUCUGGAAAAGACUGCUGAUUGUUCAACGUGAAUUCGGGAUCCUGAGAACAUUCUCUAAGAUUUCCUGUCAAGCGAACGGAACAAUCCUCCUGUCAAUCUGAUAUCACUGAUAAAGAUAUCGCGUUAUGUAUAAAAAGAGUCGGAAUUCAGAAAAACGAAUUCACGCACCCCUUCAGAAUGAGCGAACAACCUACCGGGAGGUAUUACGCUUCAAAGCAGUAUCUUCUACCAGCUGACAAUGUUGAGACUCAAAGGUUGAACACUCAACAUAACAUGAUUAUCAACGCGUUCGGGAGUAAACUUUCCGUGGCUCCAACAAACCUCACCACUGGAGACCAUGUUUUAGAAAGCGCAGCAGGAAGCGGAAUCUGGGCUCUCGAAUUCUUCGAAAAAAAUCGCGCAGAAGGCAUAACACUUGAUAUCGAAUGCAUUGACAUCUCUUCAGCGCAGUUCCCUUCCACCCAUCCACCCGAAAUCCACUUCUCCGUCAACUCCAUUGUCAAUCUCCCUAAUCCUGACUGGACUGACACGUUUUCCUUUGCCCAUCAACGCCUCUUGGUCGCUGCAAUGAAUGACACACUCUGGCGUUCAGCUGUUGCGGAGUUGUUCAGAGUUGUCAAGCCAGGAGGUUGGGUCGAGCUGGUCGAGAUUGAGGCGCAGGACUUCAGCUCCUGGAGCGUUGGCCCGAAUUCAACGAAAUUAGCGUCCUUGAUCAAUGCGCUGUACGGAGGGAAAGGAGUUAUUGGAGAUCUUUCAGUUUAUCUUCCGGUAAUUCUCAAGGAGGCUGGGUUCGUGAAUGUUCAAUGUGAUCCAAGACGUAAGACGAUUGGUGGGGAGGUGGAUGCUACCCCACACAAGGUUACUGAGGUGAAAGGUUAUGGCAGUGAUAUGUGGCGCGAUCUUUGGAUGGGUACGAUGGGACCCGUGAUUGAAGCAGGAGGUUACGGUGUCGUAGACACUGUCGAAGAAUAUGAGGCCCUUGUACGAGGCACAGAGGUCGAGUCGAAAAAUUCCAAGGAAGCAUAUACCACCUUCUUCGCAAUCUUGGCCCGCAAGCCUGAAAACACCUAGAGGGGACCCGCACAACAAAACAUGCUAUAGUAUUCUACAGAUUCCUGGCUCGACUGACUUGGAUGUACGCGAUUCCCACUGUAACUCGAACCACUAACACCCCGAACUGAGAACGUACGACUUG